AAAAGUGACGUUCAUUUCCAUUUAAAUAGACCGAGCCAAUUUAAACAUCUCGUCCCACAGGUAGCCAGGAACGCAUUCUAGACCUGAGGCUUAAUUUUAAGGCUUUUGCUUCUUUUCCUUCUCAAUCACUGCAAUCCCAGAUUAAAAAUUCAAAAUGAAGUGGUUUAUCUGUGUUGGGCUGUUUAUACUUCUCACUUUGAGCACACUAACUGAUGCCAACGUGAUCCGACAGCCCGACGAUCAUCAUGUGGAAAAACGAAGCCCUCCAUACUGGCCUUAUUCGACAACUGAUUUCUGGAGAUACGUGGAGUAUUUCCGAAGCAUUGGAGAUUAUGACCGAAUCCAGCAGCUAGCCCACAUUUUCUAUGCUCAUUUCCCCAUAGGGAAUACUAUGGGCUAUGACACACCGGAACAACAGGAAAUACAAAUUGAGGUUGCAAAGGAAGCACACACAGAGUGAAAAUGCAAGCAAACGCAUUUGGUCCAACACAAAAAUAAAUAGAGUAGAGCGAACAUCAUUAGAAUAAAAUUACUUUAACAUUAUAAUCCACCUUAUCUAUCUGUUGCAUGUACUGUAUGUAGUGCCACAAUUAUACGGGGCCUUAUAUAUAACCACAUUACAGAACACACCUGCACUGUGCAAAGUGUUUUCUUCAUAGAAUGCAUCUUUAUUUUAACAAAAAUGAUUUAUUUUAACUUUUGUAGCUGAAAUUGGUUUAAUUUAAAUUUCGGAGAAUUGUAACAUUAUUAAUUAUUCAAAGCAACACUAUUUCUUGUCAAACAUGUAACUUCUUAAAUUUAAAAUCAGUGUGCAUACAAUGAUUUAUUUCUAACUUGCUAUAAUAAAAUAUACAUAUCUAAUGAA